GAUGCAGUAGACCGAUAUGCGUCGAUUGGUUAUCAUCAUUAUUUGGAUAUUGUAGACUUACUGUUUUUAAACAAACUAUACGAGAGCACACGACGAUUCUAAACAUUUUUUAUUCCUUUCCAUUUCAAACCUCUCUCUGUUUCUUUCCUCCCUUAUUCUUCUUAUCUUUCUUCUUCUUCUUCUUCUCCUGUUGGAGUUUAUUAUUACACCGAACUGUCAAAACAGAUCAGUUAGAUUUACGUGAAAUACGUGAUUUUUAAUUCAACAACCUAGAAAAUAAGUGUAUUUAUUAAUAUUCCAGUUAUGUGAGGAACCAGUUAAAUCUCAGGAUCUUAUGAAUUAUUCCUACGUCAGUUGGAAAAAAUAUUUAAUCUAAUUACUUGUUGUCUGCCGAUGAUAAAAAAGGAAGACUUAAAAAUGGUAUGCAAGUUACCACACGAAUUCAAAAGAUACCAACGCAAUCGUAAUCAAUUAAGACAAAUUUUAGAUGAGACUCAACGUUCUCUCGAAGCUAUUAAUUCAGAAAAUUUUUUCCAUGGAGAAAAUAUCAUUGAACAACUGUUACCGCCAUUAACAUUAAGUAGAAUCCUACACAUUUUGCAAAAUUCUCCAGCCAUAGUCGUCCUUGGUCAAGACAAUAAAUCCAAAGCAGCGUUGAUAAAUAAUUUACUUUCCACUGAUAUUUUACCAGCAACAAACGGCUUAUGGAGGUGGGCCAAAUUUACUUACGGUCAUACGAAUCAGGCCAGUUUAGUGGUGGGUUUGGAAUAUGAAGUUGUAGGUAAAUUACAAGCCAACGAAAAAGUAUGGGGUACACUUCCAAUUGAAGAUUUGACUAAAUCUGAAAACGAAGAUGUUGAUUGCAUAACAGUUCUCGAAGUUAAACUUGAUUUGAGUAUAUUAAAAGAUGGAGUACAAAUUUAUGUUGCUCCAAGUAAUGGAGCAGUUAAAACCCUUGCUAAAGGAACUCUUGGCAUUCUACCAAUAUUUCUUUACGCCUUGAGUGACUAUCCUUUAUCGGAACAACAACUGGAAGAAUUAAGAGACCUGAAAGAAACAUAUCCUUACAAACCUGUAUUAUUUGUGUCGUCUCUUAUAAAUAUUUCAUUGGAUAGUAUAGAUGGAGGAUUAACUGAAUCAGAACAACAUAGACUACAAAGUACACUAACUCAGUGUGAUAAUAAUCUACUUAAAGAUAAGGAUGAUGUUGAUUUAGAUCAAAUAAAUUCUCUUGGAUUAAUGUGGCUAGAUCAACUGAAUAAUUUAGGCUAUCUUGGAACAGAAGAAUCCGUUGAAGUUGAACAAUUACCAUGGUUGGUUGGCGGUCAAUGCAUUAAUUCUAGCAAUAUAAUAAACUCACGCAAAAAAAUGGAUAGAAUUUUAUAUUUUAUUCGAGGUUGCCUUCAUAGUUAUCUUGUUAAUGCCAGUAAUUUUUUAAAUGAAGUACAUACAACAAGUUUACGUAAAUUUAUCUUAAGUGCCUUUGAUAUGGCACGUCAAAUUCAGAUUACUCCUAAGAGAAUACAAUAUGCUCAACAGAAAGAAAAUGAAUUGUAUGCUAAUCUGAUGAAAAUUGUUAAUGACAAGCAAGAGGAAUUAAUGGAAUUGAUAGAAAAUAUUAUUCAAGAAAUGAGAAACGAUAUUAUUUUAUCUACCGAUGAUUUGCAACAAUAUCAAAACUUUCCUUUUGGUACGAACGAAAGAGCAGAAUGGUCCGUGACGGUGCGAGCAGCUACUUCGGAGAUGCAAAGAUUUGUACUUGGACGUUUGCGUGAAAGAGUUGCAAAAAAGCUUGUAAGCUCUGUAGAAUGUUUAAGAGAAACAUUUAUAGGCACGUUACAACGGUGCUUAUUGAGUCUAGAAAAAACUUGUGAUCACGAUUCUUCUUUAUUAGCUAGCGAUGCCUUAAAACAAAUACUUUCUGCAGCUUACAAUGUGGAACUUCAUAACUCCUCCCCAUCUCUCGUACAUUCUUUUCUAGAAAGAUUACGGCAACUUUUUAAGUCUCUUCCUUUGCCAUGGUCUCCUACACCAACCUUAGAUGGAUCUUGGAGGAGAAAAGCUACCAUCGAUGUUCUAAAUUCUUUAUCUGCAGCAAGAUUAGCAAAAACAAUUUCAAUGCAAUUCAGAGAUAAAUUAAAAAUGUCUCACGAUGCAUUUCAAUCUUCUUUAAAGUCUCUUGAAAAUCAUUGUUCUGGAAAGUUAGAAAGGACAGAGGAACAAAGGGUAGCCAUUAGAAAAUUUUAUGCGCCAAGAUUAGCUAGAUUGUACUUGGAAUCCACAUCGAUGAUUGAUGCUGUUCGUUUUGGUAUACCACAUUACGGUAAAGAAAUUGGUCGUGGUCAAUAUGGUGUAGUAUUUGCAUGUAACGGGUGGGGAGGAGCUCCGGGACCUUGUGCUGUCAAAUCUGUUAUUCCACCAGAUGAACGACAUUGGAAUGAUUUAGCGAUGGAAUUUUACUACACCAGAUCGAUACCAGAUCAUAAAAGAAUUGUAAAAUUAAGAGGUUCAGUCAUAGAUCAAGCUUAUGGAAGUGGUUAUGGAAUGGGAACUGCAGUCUUAUUAAUUACAGACCGCUUAAGUAGAGAUUUGUAUUGUGGAAUACACGCAGGAUUAUCUUGGUUGGAACGUUUGCAAAUUGCUAUUGAUGUCUUGGAAGGAAUACGUUAUCUUCAUUCUCAAGGACUUGUUCAUAGAGACAUUAAGUUGAAUAAUGUGCUCCUUGAUACAGAAAAUAGGGCUAAACUGACUGACCUUGGCUUUUGUAUCACUGAAGCUAUGAUGUCAGGAAGUAUAGUAGGUACACCUGUUCAUAUGGCACCAGAACUUCUUUCUGGACAUUAUGACAGUAGUGUAGAUGUCUAUGCCUUCGGCAUUCUGUUCUGGCAUUUAUGCGCCGGGCAUGUCAAAGUGCCAAACUCCUAUGAACAAUUUCAAAACAAAGAACAAUUAUGGACUAAUGUGAAAAAAGGCAUUAGACCAGAACGCCUGCCACAUUUUGAUGAGGAGUGUUGGAGACUAAUGGAACAAUGUUGGUCUGGGGAACCUUCUAAACGGCCGUUACUCGGAGCAAUUCUUCCAGUACUUGAAUCUAUUCAACGAAAAGCAGAAAGAGGCAAGUCGUUACAACAACACAACGAGCUACAACAGAAUUCUACAUCUGAUUCUAUUAAUUUUGCACUGGCACUAGCAGAAUCUCAUAAUCAAAGAGGUGCCAUUGUCAAUCUUCCUUUAAUCAAACGUAGGAAAUUUCGAACAAUGAAACCUCCUGUCUUAAACAUUACAAAUAUCUUUCAGAGAAGUUUUUGUACCGAUGCAAAUCUGUAUAUGCAAUUGCGGGAAUUUUAAAUAAUUUUUUACUAGUUUUUUUUUUACCUGCUAUUGCUAGGUAAUUUUACAGACUUCUUUUAAAAGUUCUUGUUAAAAUGUUUAAGAUAAAUGCGAGAGAUGUGCUUUAAUAAUAAUAUAUUAAUCCAUUGCUUUUGCAUUCACUAAUCUGAUAUUUCUACAUAAAUAGUAUUUUCACAAUGACAGUAUUAAUCUGGCAAAUAUAAUAUUAAAUUUAUUUAUCAUGUAUAGAAUGCAAAAUGCAUCCUCUUUUAUGUAUUUCAAUUUUUUUAAAUUGACUGAUUAUGUUCCUAUGGAAAACAUCUCUUAUAUUUAAAUGUAAUAAUUGCCAAUAUUGCAUGAGCUAUAAUGUAAUGUUAGGUGUAGAAAUUAACUCGGUGGCUUGAAUAAAUACUAAAUUUGUUUUAAAUAGGCACUGAAUUAAUAAAUACUGAUAUUAGAUUUUUUUAAAAUAGUAAUUU